AUGUCGCGAGCAGCGGGUCGCCGCCCAGGAAUGUCUGCAGGACAAUUGGCCGCUGCAACAGCAUCUCCUCUCCUGUCUCUGCUGCUGCUGCUCGCCUGCUGUGUGGACGCUUGCAGAGGUGUGCCAAUAGCACCUCAAAGAUUACAGCCAGAACAAGAACUAGAAUUGUGGAAUGAGGUUCAUGAAGCUUGUACGUCCUUUCUGUCUAUUGACUCCCAGUCUCAGGCAUCUGUUGCAUUGAGGGAGCUUUGCCGGGUAGUGAUGGAGAUUGUCCAGAAGCCUCAGGAACAAAAUGAGAAAGAUAAUACUAAGAGGUUCUUAUUUCAUUAUUCAAAGACACAGAAGUCGGGAAACUCAAAUGUUGUGUCCUCUGUUGUGCAUCCGUUGCUGCAGCUCGUUCCUCAACUGCAUGAGAGAAGAAUGAAGAGAUUCAAAGAAGAAUACCAGGGUCCUUUUGCCGGUCAAAGUAGGGGGUACUUUUUAUUCAGGCCACGCAAUGGGAAGAGGUCAACAAGUUUCAAUUAA